AUGACCGAUGCUGAGAAACAAAACCUGAUUGAACUAGUACAGCAGCAUACCUCCCUUUGGAAUGAGGAGGAUGUCCAAUACAAAAGCUUUCAUUCCAGAGCAAAAGCUUGGAGGGAAGUAGCCAAAGAUAUGGAAGUAACAUUCAAGAGGACUUUUGAUGUGGAUGUACUCCAAAGGACGUUCAAAAAUUUACGCGAUGUCUAUGUGCGCAAGAGGCGGGCAUACCAAGAUGCCGUAAGACGCAAUAGCGGAUUGCAGGCCGGCGCCUUGGAGCGCUUUAGAGCAUGGCCUUUUUACAACAGUUUCGUGUUUUUGGAUCCUGUUAAUGAUGAAGGAGAACGUUACUGUAAUGUCGAGACGAUUCACAAUGACAAUAAUUCCUUGCUCGAUGUCGAAGAGAUCAGCGAUAUAACAGCAGCGGAGGCUUUCGAUAUGCAAAGCGAGACUGGUUCUUGCAAACGCAGUCGCAGGGACUCGAUACCGGUCCUGGGCAAACACACUCGCAAGUAA